AUGGCUGCCAAAAAUCCUAUGGUAAACCAUCUGGGUAGUACUACAACAAUAUCAAACAUGGAAAUGCAAGAAGUGAUUUUCUUUGAAGCAACUAGAGAGACAUACAGAGAAGUAGAUAUAGAGGAUCAAGACAUGGAGAUGGGGAUAGAACAAGACUCACAAGCAACAUCCUCAAGCUGGCAAU